GAACCUCCUAGGGCCCAACGCCCCCAGCGUCGUCCGCAACGCGGCGAUGCAGCAGGCUCGCGGGCAGCUCCGGUCAGCCAUCGAUGCUGGCGACGCAAAGCGUCUGAAGGGGGCGCUGGUGGCUGCCAAGCGCCUGAAUGCCACGGAGCUCAGCGAGUUUGAGGAAGCCAUCCUCAAGUACAAGGAAGUCCGCAAGCUGCCCCUGGGCUGGGACGUCAGCCAGAUGGUUCUCCAUCGAGAAGGUGCCAGGAUGGUUGCGAAGCUUAAGCUUGAUGACCCCAUGGUCUUUGCGCGUUUCCAGCGCUUGUUGGACUUGACACACCGGAAGGUCUACACCCGAGAUCGGCUCGGGCAGCCGGUGCCAGAGAGGCUACAGCUCCUCACCGUCUCGGCGGUCACCAACGACGAGUCCUGGGGGAACUACGUGGCUCGGCGGGAGGCCAUCCGACAGGAGCUGAACAGCGACAUCAAGGACUUCCAGCGGUUUGAGGUUGACACCCAGGCCCAGGUGUCUGGCGACACAGCCCUGGACGCAUGCGGGGACAGCGCCGAGGUCAUCGCAGGGAUCCUGGCUGAAGACUUUGCCUCGCCCCUGAUGGCCGAGGUGAACGAGGUGUUCCUGUACCACGGAACCAGCGCCGCGGCUGCGGAGGCGAUCAAGACGCACGAUUUCAGGAUCAACUUGGCGGGCACCAACGCGGGCACCCUCUACGGACGAGGUAUCUACCUCGCUGAGAACGGGACCAAAAGCGACGAGUACACCACGCCUAUGGCAGACGGCGUGCGACAUCUACUGGUUUGCCGGGUGGUCCUUGGCAGGGUCUACUACACCGAUACCAAGGAAACAGAUCCCCGAGCCUGCGAGGAUGCCUGCCUGAAGGGCAAGUUCAACUCGGUCCUCGGUGACCGGAAGAAGUGCAGAGGCACUUUCCGGGAGUUCAUCGUCUUUGAUGAGGAGCAGGUCUACACAAACUACAUCCUGACCUACAAGCGGGUUGCCACGAAAUCUGCCUUCUGUGAUGUCACCUGCCCCGAAACGGCAACUCCAGGAACGGCUCGGGUCAUCGAAGUCCACACGCCGGAUGGUCUUGCUAUCCAAGCGCAGGUGCCUGUCGGCAUCCGUCCCGGGCAGUCGUUUCGCGUCCAGUACACUCCUCAAGAUUGA